AGCUGUGUUAGAUUAUUCACUGUGUCACAACACUCUUAUUGUUAUUCAACUUCUGUUAGAGACUAGACUAGAAGACAUGUGACAGGAGGUGAUGCUGCAAAUAUGUGUUUUGAAUAAGUUGUGUGACUUUAUUGUCUAUGCCAACUCGUCUGUCCACUGUGUUGGUCCUUAUGCUCGAUAACUUUUCUCUAAGUGACACAUCUGUACAACAUCUGCAGGACAGACUGAGGGGCUUGUCUCAGCCUGUUGGGAACUCUGAUCAAAACAGAAAUGUCCUUUAAAAGGAGGAGUGUUCUGAGUGUCAGCUUCAGGUACAUUCAGUUCCAGAGCUAGAAACUCAUCCAGACCCCUUCGUGGUCACACUGGGCCUCUGGUUCUCUGAGGCUGCAGCACCAUCUAGAGGCCAAGGCGGGCAACGUCACUGCUUUGACGGCAUGACACUAUUCAACAUGGCCGCUUCCAUGCGGACGUGUUGUUGUUGGUUCCUGUUUGUGUGAAGGAGCAGAAAAACCAUGAAGGACUUCAGGACUUAAACUGUUUCAUCUCUCCAGUCGCCAUGGAAGCCAAAGGAUUGGUUCACUGUGCGCUGCAGAUCGAGAAACUGACCUCAGACAGAAGCUACGGGAACAUCUGGAUCCUCCUCGGUGACCUCGAUGAGUCGCAGGUCACGGCCGAGCAGCUGGAGGGGACGGACAUCGUCAGGGUUCUCUACAGGCUGCUGAGGACCUGCUCGGACGAGGGCGUGAGGAAGAAGGUCAAGAGCCUGUUGUCCAAGUGGAAGAGGCAAUACAGCAAAGUGAAAUGUGGAGGGGGGAGCGAGGAGGAUGGAGGGGGGUCCAGGCAGGAGGAGGAUGGAGGGGGGUCCAGGCAGGAGGAGGAACCCCCCUGUGGAUCAGCACAGGCAGGUGAUGGUGGAGGGAGUGUGAAGGUUGAGGAAGAGCAAGAAGAGUCAUCCACAGUGGAACAACACAACCUCCAGACUCCCACUUCAUCUGCGUCAUCAUCAGUGAGAGACAAAUGUGCUCAGCUGCUCCUCGCCGCCCUCCACCCCGAGCCUCCGGGUCAGGACCAGGCCUCACGGCUGGCCGGAGACAUCGAGUGUCACGUCCACGAGCUCCACAGACACAGCGAGGUCAAAUACAAAACCUGCGUGAGGAGCAAGGUAGCCAACCUGAGGAAUCCUAAAAACGGCCACCUACGCCGGGGCCUCCUGAGCGGCUCCCUGACGCCCGAGGCCUUCGCCCACAUGUCGGCGAAGGAGAUGGCGAGCGAGGAGCUGCGGCAGCUCAGGGAGGAGUACUCGUCUCGGGGUGUGAGCGAGAGGCAGCUGCCUCAGGUGUUAGAGGGGACCCAGACCCAGAAGAUCCGCUGCAAAAGGUGCGGGGGGUCGGACUGUAGUGUGACGCAGGUGUCCAGGGGCGCCCUGUUCCUGCCUGCGUGGGUGAGGCGUGGUGGCGCUGACGAGGAUGCCAUGACCUUUGUGACCUGCAGUGCGUGUGGGCAGCAGUGGUACCACAGCGGCUGGGUCUGUCUCUGAAUCCAAGUCACGAUGUUUGGAUCGCUGAAGGAGGCUGAGUUCUCAUCUCCUGAUGUUUGUUAGGACGAUUACACAAAUACUACUGAACUGAUAAAUUGUAAUCUUGUUUAAAAGUAUUUUCUCAGCGGAAGAAACUGUGAAAACUUUUAACAGGAGGCGUAAGACCCAAGUUGGUGUUUAUUGCAGCCGCAGAUUGAAACCACAACUUUUCACGAGGCAGAUCUCGUCAUCAUCUUCUUCUUCUUCUUCUUCUUCUUCUUCUUCUUCUUCUUCUUCUCGCUGAAUCCUUUCCUGUUUCCUCCACUCGCUCUAAUUGUCCGUCUCUCAUUUAAUUCUCCUGGCUUCCACAUGUCACCUUUCUCCCUCGCUAAUGCAAGCGUUCAUUGACCUGUGGGAGAAAGAACAGGAUCCUGUUGCACUGAUGUGUAAGCCACUCUGGCUGUGCAUGCUGGGUAAAUUCUUCUGCCGACAAUAUCCCAUUCACUUGGAGCAAACUGGAUUGUGCGGAUGAGCCAUGUGACCUCAGAGAAGGAGCAUGUGAGUCAGUAAUCUGCCCCUCUGAGCCUCGGCCUCGGGGGUUUGAUACCCGUGGUCCUGCAGUGUGUGGAGGCAGUCGACGUGGCGCUCCGACUCACUGACACGUCAGCGUGACAUCACGGCGACGGGUUUGUGAGGCCGAGGCCCUGGAGUUUCAGGAAAUGUGUAUUUUUGUUAAUAGAAAUAAAACUUUCCUCAAUCAAAGAGGAUGUUUUUCACUUUUUCCCUCAACUUCACUUGGUUUUUAAAUGACAAACCAUACGUGUCAUAGUGAAAAUCCCCCCCGCUCUUGUGAUUAGUUGCAUGUGUUCAGAUAUGGAUGCUGCAGCCCCCUCGUCACUGAGAUACAGUAGGAAUGUGUGUGUCUGUGUGUGUGUGGUAUCUGCAGCGCUGUGGCGUUUCUCUGUGUUGUGUCUCCUCUCAGAUCCUCCCUAUCUUUCUUCUGGUUGUUGUGUUGUGUGAAGGAUUUCAUCCCUUCAGUCACAGCGGUGUGUCAGUGCUGCUGCCUCCACCCUCCUCCACCUCACACUGACAGAGAGAGACAGAUAACGUAGGUGGAGGUAAGAUGAUGGAGCUGUUAAUGACUCAAGUAGAUUCUCAUGCAGUUUGACACAAGAGGUUUUAAAUAUAAACCAUUUUCAGUUCUAAAUCCUAAGAACUAUCAAUCACCACUAGAUUCCAUAGACGUGAAAUGUCACCCGCCCUCAACAAUCGUUUUACAAAUGAAUUUCUAAAUGUAAAAUUACUGCAUUUAUAUAUUUCUUGUCUUAUCGACCACUCAAAGUGCUUCAAAGUUCACACACAUUCACAGCACUUUCAUUAUUCACUUAUACGGCUGCUGGGACAUUUAGGUUUGUAGCGUCUUGCUCAAGGACACUUCGCUGUGGGAACCAGGGACAUGGUGGAUGUAGUACUUUGAUACUCUUAUCAACCAAGUGAAUAUUUAUUGUUCACUUUAUUUGGAAAUCAUAGUAUGCUGAGUAAUUUCAUUUCUUCACUGUGCAGUCGUCUGUUGACCCCUGAUAUUCAUUUAGGGGCUUUUGGUUCAACCUACUGAUCCUCGUCCAGAUUUAAACUCGAUAUAAAGGUUUGUUUCCUGGAUGAGCAGCAGAAUAAAGGACAAAGAGUCAACUCUCUAUUUUUCUAAACGGAUGAGAGACGCACGAUGCUUCGCGCACACAUGCAGGAGAGCGCAUGAUGAGAGGAGGCGGGACACA